AUAAAUAUAAGCAUGUUAGAAUUCAUAAAAACCAAUUAAAAUUUUAGCUCCAUCAAAAAUUGUUAAGCCAAGUUAAAAAUCAUUUCAAACUAUCUAAAAAGCGCGCUAAAUGGCAAAGGAUAUGUACUGUAACUGGACACAAUAGAUAUUUAAUAAUAAUGGAAGAGAGAAUAUAUCUGAUCUCGAGUGUUAAGAAACUUCAGAAAAUAUUUCCCACACACAAAAGAAGCAGUUCCAUAGAUAUUAACGUAAACGAAGGAUUGAGAUCCACGAGUUUUGUUCAUCAGCGAAUACUAAAAUGCGAAAAAGUUCCAUAUUUGCAGAUUAUGUACUUGAUGAUUCGU